AUGGAAGGAGGAGGUGUUAGGGGUGUUUUUCCUUACAGGAAUAAUUUCCAAAGGGACCAUCAUCUUCCUCUUCUUACUAGAACAAGGUCUAAUCCUCCACCAUUUGCUGCCAUUGAUAGGUUCUUGUGCCGUCAAACCCUCUUUUCUCAACAAGGGAUUCUCACCGAUUACUCCACCAAAACCACCCUUGAAUUUGAUCCUGAUUCUGCUUCCUCCCCAUCUAGAGCUGGUGUUAAUAACAUCAACCCCCAUGCAGUGGCCGGUGCCGGAGCCGGCGGUGGUGGCGGUGUGGUGGUGCCGUGGCUGAGUUUGCCUCAUCAUGAUUCCAGUUUUGUUGAUGGGAUUUUUCUGAAUGAUAAAAAUCUGAACUGGGAUGGCCAGGGGUUAAUUGAAGGCAACUUUAAUCUUGCACCAAAAAACCCAAGGAAGAGAGAAAAGGGUGGCUCUUCUUCUUCAGUCAAUUUAAUCAAAGGCCAAUGGACCGAUGAUGAAGACAGUAAACUGAGGAAAUUGGUGAUGCAUUACGGUGUGAAGAAAUGGGCUCAAAUUGCUGAGAAAAUGACUGGAAGAGCAGGCAAACAGUGCAGGGAGAGAUGGCAUAAUCAUUUGCGCCCAGAUAUCAAGAAGGACACUUGGAGUGAAGAGGAGGAAGAGCUGUUGGUAAAAUCUCAUAUGGAAGUUGGCAACAGAUGGGCAGAAAUUGCGAAGAGAAUUCCAGGUAGGACUGAGAAUUCAAUCAAGAAUCACUGGAAUGCCACCAAGAGGAGACAGAAUUCCAGGAGGAAGAGCAAGAAAUCAGAAGGGCAAAACGGGAAAACCGCUCAACCCACCAUCCUCCAAGAUUACAUCAAACGUACUCUCGGUCUUACGUCUCCGCCGCGGCCUCCCAGCAACAAUAACUCCUCUUCCCUGAGCAGCGCCGCCACCACUCCUCCCAGCUCCGCCAUCUCCGACGACAACCGCCACCACCACAUGGGAUUUUUCCCGGAGCUUUCCCAGUCAAACUCCGAAGAAUCCCCUUCCUAUUUAGCCCAACAUUCAUCCAACGAUGAUGAAAUGAACUUCUUUCAGAACCUGUUCAGCAACUCCGCCGCCACCUCAUCGGCGGAAAUCGCUGUCAAAGUUGAGCCUCCAGUUAUUGAAACUAAGCCAUUUGGAGUGAUUGGAAACCCCAGCAGGACCUUCAACGGCGGCGGCGGUGGCGGUGGUGGUCAGGGCUUUCUUGGGAACCACAACAACAACAACAUGGGAUUUGGCGGCGGGUUCUCUUCAUUUGCUGAACAAAACCACCACCAGUUUCCGGCCGCCGUGAAAAACCCUCCAUAUGAAGAAGUUCACCAAUCUACGGUCUACCCUGAUUUUUACUUGUCACAGAUUUUGAAUGAAGCCAAUGCUUUGGUGAACCCUUCUUCUGAUGGAUACAACAAUGGAAGCAGUAACAACAUGAACAAUGGAGUGGAUUAUUCUUCCAUGGGAAUGGCUUCUUCAAGUUCUCAGUUCAAAACAGGCAAUUCUACCAGUACCAACAACUUUGUUUUCUGAUGAUCAUCCAUCGGUUUACAACAUCAUACUUGAGGGUUUUUCAAACAAAUGAAUAAAGAUUAGAGAUUCUGAUAUUCAUCGCUGCGUGUUUUGUCAACGCAGGAUGAUAUAUUAUUCUAGUCAAACCCUUCUGGUUAUAAUGUUUUAGUUUUUUUUUACUGUUUAGCCUCUCUAGUUUUUAAUUGUGC